UAAAUAUUAUUUUUUGCUUCUUAUUGAUCAUCUCAAGAUUGACAUAGCUUAAGGCUCUAACAUGUCAAUAUUAUGCUCCCUGUCUUUAAUUAAACAUCUACUUAGCAAAAUUAAACCCACUCAAGGACAUAUUCCUUGCACUGUAUAUAUAUACACACAAACACAGAUACUGUUCAGCAGAUGUAAACUUGCAUAGUUAAAAUAUGUGCUACCAGAAAUGUUAUGCUUCAACUUUGAAAUGAUCUUGGUGCUGUAUAUUUUACUAGUGGUGGUGGCUGGAAGUAACAAUCAAACCAUAAAUGACAAUGGGAUUGCUAUUGAUAUCAACCCAACACAACAGCCAUCAACAACCAAAAACUUGCUUCAACAAACUUCAAGAACCAGUAAUCUGUCACUACAGUAUUCAACGACUGAUAACCUGACACAUCAAUCAGCAACAAAAAAUCUGUUACUACAAUCAUCAGCUUUUGAUAUUACAUCACUAAAAUCCUCAACAACUGAUGACCCAACACACCGGUCCACAGCAGCUAAUAACCUGUUAUUAAAAUUUUCAACAACCAACAGUCCGCAACUUCAAUCCUCAUAUAAGGAAGCAACCAGAACUGAAGCAGAAAAUAUGAAGUCUUCAGAACAAGAUGACCUACAAACAGCAAGUCAGAUCCAAGUAUAUACAGUAUGGAGAUAUGGCUGGCCAGUGACGGGUUGGGGGUAUCUUAGACCUGGAUGGGGGUAUUUUAGACCUGGAUGGGGAUAUCAUAGACCUGGAUGGGGAUAUCGUAGACCUCGAUGGGGGUAUGGUAGACCUGGUUGGGGUUAUGGCAGACCUUAUUGGUGAGAUAAGAAAUGCUUGUGGUAUCUAUAUAUUUUGAAAUGAUGCACCUCCUCCUACUCAUUUUCUUCUGUCAGUUUGUGUGAUGUCUGCUAUGUGCGUCAUUUGAAACAUGCCUUUUGCACUUAUGCUAUUAAAAUUUAGGAGAGACAUGAUGCUAUAAUUUUAUUUUUAUGUAUAAUUUCUAA